AUGGACGAGUAUGAACGGGAUGAUUAUGAGCAAGAUGAUGAACCGGUCUCUAGCUCAGAAGAAUGCGGUGCGGGAACUUCUCGCAAUGUUACAGCGCAUCAACAACAACAAUCGCCUCGUUUAUUUCAAACUAUCUACGACAAAUACACAUCGAACUCCCGUCCUGCUGCAAGAAUCGAAUCCCCUCAGAUUGACGCAGAGGCAUCUACCUCUCACCCCAUGAUUCCCGUCCUUCAUCGGCAUGGCUUAAUUGACCCUACAUCCAGCGCCAACUCGAUUGACAACGCCCAAGCGUAUGUCUCGUCUAUAUGCCCUGUGGGGGGUCAACAGCUCAAGCAAUGGGUGAAGUGGUCCAAAGGAGCCGCUAAAGCACCGGAUGGCGGCUUCGAGCAUAGGCCUCUGGCACCAGGAGAGUGGGUAGUAGUGGGAAGAGGGACAUAUACUGGUGAUGCCGCACAAAUACUUCGAUGUAGUUCUGCAACAACUGGAGAGGAAGGGUAUCGGGUGCUAAUCGUCCCCUGUAUCGCGCCGCUUUGGGUUCUGGAAUCCAAGAAGCGAAAGAGGGGUGCCCGCUUUGAUGCACGUUUGUUCGACCUGGAGGACUACGACGUUGAUGUGGCGCCGGAGGCACGCGAUCUUCGUCUGUACUCUUUUCUCGGAAAAACAUUCAGUCAUGGCCUUCUGAUAAAAUUCUUUCGGACGUCGACGUUAACGCCCAUCAGCUGUAUACCCUCGCGCACGCGCUUCCUUUUCAAAGAUCACCCUUUUUCGAAUAGAUUCCCCUAUCCUCAACCUGAUUUUUGGUACUUCGAAUCUGACGAAGUCGUAGACGUUAUGGAUGACCCUCUGGUCCCGAAUGGGCGAGGUAUCCUUCAAAUCGUUGACAACACGAACUACACUGUCAAUUUCGGGGAUACUGGUACACACUGUGUUAAGAAAAGCAGCUUACGGAAGAUCGUCGUCCUUGGCGAUUAUGUUGAAGUUAUUGUUGGUCGUUAUGCGGGAGCGGAGGGCCUUGUUGUGGCCAAACAUGGCUCCAUUCUCGCAAUAUCGCAGAAAUCAAGUCGCAAAGGGAUCGACAUGCUUGUUGACGCUAACUCCUGCAAGCGCUGCACAUGCGCUGCGUUUCACCAUUCGAGCAUUCCCUGGUAUAACGUAGAUGUGACCAUCAUUCAAGGAUUGUACUCUCCGCGAGAUGCAGUUAUCAAGGAUGUGAAGCGGGGUCGCUACAACGACUGCCUUGUUCUGAAUGUUUACAUUCCGGAACUGGGGUGUUCUGCAGAGGUGGAGGAUGUCAAUGUUACAUUAAAAGGGCUCACGUCGUUCACGCCUUUGUGGGAAAUGCUACCACUCGACCCAAUUAAGCACAGACAAUAUCAUAUUGAUCGCACGAUCAGAGUGAUGCGGUCUGGAAAGGUUCCCUGGCUCGGUAUUGAGGUUGCUGUUAUACGCGGCCCAUUCAAGGGUUCACGAGCUCUUGUUCGUGAUGUCAAUCGCACCAGCAAUGACUAUGCGGUCUCUGGCCUCGAACUCACAGUUGAACUGAAGGUAUUCAGUGCGAAUGGAAGCAACCGACUCGAAAAGGUGUACUAUGAUCACGUUCGGGAAUGGCGGACAGGAAAGCUGCUCUAUCAGUAUCGCGCUUUGAACAGACAGCAGGAAUUCUAUCUUCCCUGCGAGAAGUUUGAACCCACCAUUGUAACCAUUGAACGUACACCUCUGACAUUUCAACCACUUGAGCUAAAGGAACGCCCUGGCCCUGUUGACUGGGAAAGGUUACUCAAGGAGACAGAAGAAGAGUUGGCAAAACAGUUGAAGGAGAUGGAGGAAUACGAGAAGGCAAACUCAGAGAUCCCUCCAGGAGGCACUCCUGUACCAAUUCGAGACCAGAGUUCUGUUGUCGACAUCUGGGAUCCUUACUUUGAUGAUGGAUGGGAUGAUUUAGACAUGUACAGCAGCUCGUGGCCAGUACCGGACACCCUUCAAGUUCCUGCAUGUGAAGCGAGCACCAGCUCACAACCCAUACCCUGUUCUCCGGACCACUGGCUCUUCGAUCGUCGCCUCCUGAAUGUGCCAAUUCUUGUCGAUAUCAAGGGAGGUCCCCACGAUACGUCAAGCAAAAAGGCAGGUGUCUUUGUCAAGCCGACACUCUCACCCAUCGGGAUGGUAGUUGCGAGGUACAACACUAGGAGCGAGAACCUCGAUCUACCUCACAACUGUAUUGUAAAAUUUCGAAAAAGGCCGAGCGGAGAGAGCUUGUUGAUCGUUGUCGGUGGAAACGACGAACAUAUUGGAAAACUUGUACGCGUCAUCGAGUCGUUCCACUCUGACAAAGCCAAAACGGAGAGCUGGGCUGUGUGUGGUGUGGUAUCGGGUCGCGGUAAGGAUGUACAGUUCACAGGAGAAAUUUUCGAGGUCUCGACGGAGUUUCUUGAGACGGUUGAUGAAACAUCUGGAGAUCGAGCAUGGGCCAAGCAUACUCUGCUGCCUCGUGCGCAAAUGGCUGCCCGCAAUCAACGCCGGCCUAUACGACAGCCGGGGGAAGUGGAUUAUGCGUCACUUGCACAGGUGAUUCAUCAGCAGAACCGGGAUGUUGCUGCUGCAAAGUUGACCUAA